CUGCAAAGGUCUACUAUAAAUGAAACUCUGAAAUGCACAGUUGUAGCUGCUACAUAUUGUUCGCUAAAUUAUAACUAAUUGUCUUCCUUGAGAUAAAUACUUUACCUAAAACGAGUGUUCUGUAUUUAAAAGUACAACAUAAAGCGGAACACAUGAACAAGGGAGGAAUACUUUUGUUGUGACACAAAGUAAGGGUGAAAGUUGAAGGGUAUGUUGUGAACAUGGCAUCUGGCAUUAGUGCAAAGCAUGGACUAUUAACCACAAAAUGUUCGGUGUUUCACUCACUCCAAAGAGUGCCACACGCUAUUUGUAUUCAACGACCUACCGAAGUAAAAUGUAUACGAGCUUCAACAAACUCUACUGCAGAAUCUCGGCAUAACGAAAAAUACUGUAUCGAUAUUGUGAGGUCUCGGGACUAUGACGGUUUUGUGUCCUCCCUGCUUCUCCCUGAGGAUGCCCGGCGCUCCUCACUGGCCCUGAGGGCCUUCAAUGUCGAGCUGGCUCAGGUGAAGGACUCUGUUUCCCAGAAGACCAUAGGUCUGAUGCGGAUGCAGUUCUGGAAGACUACAGUGGAGGAAAUCUACAGGGACGACCCCCCAGUGCAGCCUGUCAGUGCAGAACUAUGGAGGGCGGUGAAGAAACACUACCUGACAAAGAGGUGGAUGCUGAGAAUAAUCUCUGAGAGAGAGAAAGACAUGGAAGACAGAGCUUAUAGAAACCUCCAGGAGUUGGAGGCCUAUUCAGAGAAUACCCAGUCCUCACUACUGUACCUUCUUCUGGAGAGUUUAGGUGUGAAAGAUGUCCAUGCUGAUCAUGCUGCCAGCCACAUUGGUAAGGCCCAGGGGAUUGUGACGUGCCUAAGAGCCACGCCCUACCACAGCAGCAGACGCAAAGUCUACCUACCUAUGGACAUCUGCAUGCUGCACAGAGCCUCCCAGGAGGACUUCAUCCGAGGAAGCCGGGAACAGAAUGUGAGAGACGUGGUAUAUGACAUUGCCAGCCAAGCCCACGUUCACCUACAACACGCCAGAUCCUUCAGCAAGAACAUACCAGCUUCCGCUUUCCCUGCCUUCCUCCAGACAGUGGUGCUGGAGGACUACCUUCAAAGGGUGCGGCGGGUAGACUUUGAUGUGUUCCAUCCCAGCCUACAGAAAAGAAACCCACUGAUCCCCAUCCAGCUCUAUUUCCGCUCCUGGAAGAAGACCUAUUGACCUGCAUGGUGGGACCUUAUCUUUAGCUCUAUCCGAUUUCUCAAAGUCCCGCUCUCGUAUGUUGGUUUCUAAGUAGACCAAUCUACAACAGUGGAUUUCAGGAGACUCUUCCAUCUACGACAUCAGCACUCCCCAGAAAAGGAUUCUGAUCUAAAACAUACCUCUGCCAUCUAAACCAGUUCAACCUGUGUUACUCCCUGUUGUAGACUAGACAGCUGAGAACCACAGACAGGGAUUAUUGCAAAGCAAUAACUACAGUACUGGAGACUGAACUGAUGCCCUGAUAUAUUUAAUAUUUUCAGUAGUAAAUCGGACCAUCAACAUGGCUACACAAGUGUUCUCUUCUUUUUAAAGCUCUUCAAUAAAGAUGUCACGACCAUAAUAACA